AUGCGGCUCCCAUAUACGGGCUCAGAUAUGGCUGUGAUUAACCCAUUUCCAUUUCCUUAUGUCGUUUCUCUCUCCUUAAGGAAGAUCCUUUUGAAUAGGUCGAUAUACCGAUGGAGGAAACGAUGGGUGUUAGUGAUUAGAGUGGCGCAUGUCUUAUCCGGCGGUGUCCUUAAGUGGAAGACGGCAGACAUGCGACGUAAGCCACACCUUGGUCGUUACAGUCUUCGAGGAAGCUUUGAAAGGUGUCGCUUAAGAAUAAAAAGGAGCGGCAGAGUAUUCGUGGUUGAAGAUUUUAAUUUCCUCGAGAAAAUCGACUCUCGUGAGCGAAGAGUGUCAGUAGGCCGCAGGUUAAGUAGGCGAGCGUCUAAGAGGUCUUUAGGGCGUCUGAUGAUUUUGGCAUUGGCCCUAAAGUCAGCUCAAUACCAGGUCAUUGCUGUGAGUAGGAUCUCAAUUGGAAGGUGUUCCCAAUCUUGUUAA